GGCGACUAAUAUCAGCGCUAUUGUCCAACCUCAAGCUAUUCCCAUAUUUUCAUAUUCUUUGAUCGUUCCGAAAAUGUUCAAAAAGCCUCUUGCUCACCAGUCGAACGCAACGCCAAUACGUUCGUCGGCUCGUCGUCAGCUACUCUCUGCCAUAUUGGAACAAUAUCCUUCUCUCUUACCCCAAGAUGGGAUGGACGACAAUAGCAAGAAGGAAUUGAACAAACUUAUUCUUCCAGAAGGUGUGAGGACCGCUACAUUCGAAACUAGUACUGGUUUGGAAGGUACAUUCUGGCUGUCUCCUAAUGGUGAUCCGUUAUGGAUGACUCUCGGUCGAAACUCCAAGGAGUAUAUCCCAACAUUGUCUCUCCUCGCAUUGCCACUUCCCCGACCUCCUUUGCCAAUUAUCCAAAUAUAUCAUCCUCUGCCGCCGCCUAUCCUCACUGGUGCCCCGUUGUUCAUUCCUGCAGUUCGUAACAUCGAUAAACCCCACCGACUUCCUGCAGUAAAAAAGAAUCAGCUUGUUGCCUUUGUCACAUCACCCACAAAAGAUGAUAAUGUCCAUUAUAUUGGUGUUGGGCGGGUCGCUGCUGAAGGCGGAAUGAAAGGCGCUUGGGAGCGAAGAUUAGACCAUUUGAUGGAUGGAGGUGAUCGGGAGGAAGGGAAAUUUUCAGAUAUACUCUGUAUUAUCGACGAUCACUUAUGGGAUCUUGGUUCAAAGCCCACACUGUCGACUUUCAUCCUUCCACCACCCCACAACCCCCUAAUAGCUCCCCCAGAAGGAUCCGAACCGAUUCCUAAAUCUUCAUCACCGCCUGCAGUACAGCAUCUGUCCAUAUCAGCGGAAGACGACGCCAAAGCAUCAAUGCCGGUCUCCACUUCGUUAUCCCCCUCGGAAAUAUCCUCUCUUCUCUCUCUCUCCCUUCUCCAAGCCCUCUCCGGUUUACAACCUUCUGCAUUCCCCAUGUCUGCUUCUCUCCUGUACUCAUCUCAUAUUCUUCCUUCCAGACCGGCACACAUACCUCAAGCAAAAAGAGACGAGGUAGUCAUUGGCAAGUCUGAAUGGAAAAGGCUGGCCAAAUGGAUGAAAGAAGCGGGCAAGGAAGGUAUAGUGAAAAUCAAGGAAAGCAAGGGGGAAGUCACUGUUGUGAGCUUCGACUCGCGACAUCCAUCUUUACAAGCCCAUGUGGACUAUAUGACUAUAGCACAGGAAGAAACUAAAGCCGCUAAAAAAGCUGCUCGGGAAGCAGCGUCGGACCAACCAACUAGCGGAUAUAAGCAAUCGCUUGACAUCGAAGAGUUAUGGAAACCUGCAGGCGGUGCAAUUAGCUUCUGGGAAGCCUGUGGCAUCUCCAAAUCUGAUUAUCACUCCCCUUCUGCGCUUAAACAGGCUGUCGAUGGAUAUAUCACGUCUCAUAACCUCCUGCACCCGACUAAUCAUAGAUUCAUCUUGCUUGAUGAUGAGCUGGGGAGGGCUGUGGGUAUCAAAAAGCCGGAGGCGGGCGAGAAAAUGGCGAGGGAUGAAAUUAUCAAUAAGCUGAAGAACGGGGUCAGCUGGGUAGUGUCUAUUGGCGGUACCAUCAAGAAGGGUGCUUUGCAGCCAAUAACCAUGACAGUGAAAUCUCGUGGGGGUCGUAGAACAGUCACACAUGUCACAGGCCUGGAACUUUUUAACGUCGACAUCGAGUCUUUCGCCGAAGACAUGCGUAAGCGGUGCGCCGGAAGCGCCUCAAUCCAGCCGAGAGAAGGGGUAUCCCCGAAAUUGGGCCUACAAGAGGUACUGGUACAAGGUAGCCAACAGAAGUUGAUCACGGAAGCCUUGGUCGAAAGAGGUGUGCCGAAGAGAUGGAUAAUGGAUGAGGGAGAUAAGAAAGGGAAGAAGUAAACUGGAUAAUGACCAUGGAUAGAAUCAUCUGC